CCCAGGAGAAGAAAUACAAGAGUUUGUGGGAGAGUGACUCAGUUCUCAGGUUGUCUGGGUGAUAGUGAGUAGGAAUAGUGAAGAUGGCCUCCCAAGUGUAUCAGAGCUACCACAAAGACUGUGAGGAUGCUGUUAACAAGCAGAUCAACCUGGAGCUCUAUUCUUCUUCUGUUUACCUCUCCAUGUUCUCUUACUUUGACCGGGAUGAUGUUGCCCUGCGUCGCUUUGCUGAGUUCUUCAAAGGGGAGUCCCAUGAGGAACGGGAACGUGCUGAGAAACUGAUGGCAUUCCAUAAUAAACGUGGAGGCAGAGUACUCCUGCAGGAUGUCAAGAAGCCAGAGCAGGAUGAGUGGGGCAAUGGUCUGGAGGCAAUGCAGAGAGCUCUGCAGAUGGAGAAGGAUGUGAACCAGAGUCUGCUGGAUCUGCACAAACUCGCCUCUGACCACACGGACCCUCAUCUGUGUGACUUCCUGGAGAGGCACUACUUGGAUGAGCAAGUGAAGAUGAUCAAGAAGCUGGGAGAUCACAUCACCAACCUGAAGAGACUGGGAGCCCCUGAGAAUGGCAUGGGAGAGUACCUGUUUGACAGGCUCACCCUGGGGGAAGAGUGACUGAACUGAAUGCAGGGAGCAAGCUUGUUGCCAUGUGUCUAAAUGGGAGACCUGUGGAGACUUCUCCUUUUGUAGAAGCAGCUCAUUGUCCUGUCCCAAGUGUAAAUAAACUGCUCCAUAUUGGA